UUCCGUCAUCUAUUUUACAUGACGACAAUUCACAUGUUUGGUCGGAUUCUUUUCCCGCCCUAGAAGUAAAAGGGUCAACGUUGAUUGACCUCGGCAGGAUUUCAACUCUGAACGUAAAAGGCAGUAAAAUACCACAAGGUAUCUUGUCCAACGCUUACUAAAUAAUUGUUAGUGUCUUUAAUUCACAUUAUUCCAUUUAUAUAUCUUUAAAAUAUACACUGACAGAGAUUGCUAAUUGAAGAUCUACAUCGCGAAUAAUGCUUUUCUUUAUUUGCCGUACAUUGUUCACUGUUACUAAUUUUGGUAGUGAUGAGCAAAACUAUGAAAAGUUAGCUGUAAAGAAUGAAGUAACUAUUAUAUCUGCCGAACUUGAAUUAAGCAAAAGGGUAAAUACAUGAAUGUUGUGUUGAUGUUUGUGGUAAAUAUUUCAGAUUAUGUCGUACGAAUCUGAAACAGCUCCAGUUUUCGUUAGUAACGUUUGUUUAAAUAAUACCCGAACUGUACUCAGUAGAGAAGAACCUUAUAAGUAUGAAAUCAACUGGAAAUCAUUUACUCGUGUCAGUUAUAUAAAAAGGUUAUAAAACAAUACACUGGAGAAACAGUCCUUCAUGGGAAAAUACGCGAGAAGUCGUUCACUAAUGAAAUUAAUCUGUUUGUCGUGAAAUAUUAUGUUUGUGGAAAAGUCUUUUGUUAAAAUUUGGGAUUUUAAAAAUGCACAAAAUGUUACAUUCCGAAGACAGACGAUCUCUCUGUGAAACGCAUGUGAAAAGUAAUUAGGUGAUAACGAGAGGUUAAAAUUCCAUCUAUGGACAACUUUCAGGUUUAACAGUACCUUAAGAAAACAUUAAAAAAUGCACCCUGGGGAAAAACCGUGCCAUUGUGAAAUUUGUGGGAAAUCUUUCAGUGACAAGAGUACUUUAAUAACACAUAAACGAAUACACAUGGGAAAAAAACCAUUUCGUUGUGAUAUAUGCUUGAAAUUUUACUCCAGGAAUUCCUCUCUUGUGUUCCAUAAACGCAGUCAUAGUGAAGAUAAACCAUACACUUGUGAUGUAUGUGGAAAGUCUUUCAUUAUGAAUUCCAGUUUUCUAAAUCACAAAAAAAUACACGGAGAAAAGUUAUUUCGUUGUGAAAUAUGCGGGGAAUCUUUUGUCCGGAGUAGUUAUGUAGAAAUCCAUAUGAAAACUCACACGGGAGAUAAGCCGUAUCAUUGUGAAGCAUGUGGGAUGUCAUUCCGUGAUAGCAGUACUUUAAAAACGCAUAUAAAAAGACAUACUGGGGAAAAACCUUAUUGCUGUGAGACGUGCGGAAAAUCGUUUGUCAAGAAUUGCGUCUUGAAUGAACACAGGAAAAGACACAAGAAAGAAAGAUCGUAUCACUGUGACCUAUGUGAGAAGUCUUUUGUCACAGUUUCGGAUUUGAAUUUGCACAGACGGACACAUACGGGAGAAAAACCGUUUCCUUGUAAAAUUUGCGGGAAGGCUUUCGUCUGUAGCAGCCAUUUAAAAAGGCACACGAGGACCCAUACCGGGGAAUACUUGUUUCACUGCGGAACGUGUGGAAAAGCUUUCAGUGAAAAUUCCAGUUUAAAAAUUCACGAACGAAUUCAUACAGGUGAAAAACCAUUUAAGUGUCAGGUGUGCGGAAAAGCCUUCAGUCAUAGCACUUCUUUAAAACGACACGAACGACUACACGCUGGAGAUAGACUGUAUCAAUGUGAGAUAUGUGGAACAGCUUUCAAUAAAAACAGCACAUUGAAAAGACAUGAAAAAUUGCAUACUACAGGAGAAAAGGCAUAUAAUUGAGAAAUAUGUAGGAGAACCUUUUACUUCAAGAUUUCUUAUAUUCCUUAAGCACAGUCACUCUGGAGAAAGAUAAAGAAUUUCUGUCCCUAUGAUGUGUAUGGAAAAUAUUUUACAACAGUUCUGGUCUUGUUAUUCACAAAAGAUUACUCACACUUGAGAAAAAUCCUGUCUCUGAGAGACCUUAAGGAAGGCCUUUUUCUCAAAUUAGUAAUCUACCCUUUGUGCGAGUACAUACUGAAGAAAAAGCCAUGCACACCAGUGUAGCUAGAGUGUGUGCCACCCAGGGUGGCAUUUCAAUUUGUUGCCCACGGACCCCAACAAAAAGUACAUAUUACCUACAGCUGACCCAUAAGCGGUGCUGCCCCUGCCUCUAGCUAUGCUAGUAGCCAUGUGAAAUAUGUAGGGAAUUGUCCAGUGGUUACACUUUCAAUUCUUAUAAGCCACAGAAAAAAUACCCGCUACACAUAAAUUUUGUUAUUCCUACAUCAGAAACCAUUCUGUAGGAAUUCCCUUCUAGUUAUUGUACAGUGAAAGACAAUUUGUUAAACUCAAAACAUAAUAUAUAAAAAAAAAAUAUUAGCAAGAUUAUUUUUUAAUAACUGCUUUAUGAUGUGGUUGUUUUAUUAUUAUUAUUAUUAUGUGGUGAGCUGGCAGAAUUGGUAGCAUGUCUGACAAAAUGCUUAGCAACAUUUCUGCUGACUCAUUUACAUUCUGAACGAAAAUUCCAUAGAGCUCAGCUUUGCCUUUCAUCCUCUCAGGUCAAUAAAAUAAGUACCAGUUAAGUACUUCGAUCAUUGUAAUCAACUUAACUCCCUUCCUCAAAAUUUCAGGUGUCAUGCCUUGUUAUUAUUAUUAUUAUUAUUUCUUUCCGAGAGGACAGACGUGUGUGAAGCUGCUCCGUAAGUUUUCUGCAAAUUUUGUUGGAAAUCCUGUGAAAAGUUUUUAUAUUUUUCGAUAUUUGUGUGACCAAGCCAACUAACUUCUAGCGGAGCUAGUUGGCUCGGCAAAAUUUUACCCCAUUGGGGGUAAAAUUACGUUUUGAAAUUUAUUUUGCAUACAUUUUCAUUUACAAUUUUAAAUAUGGCUUCGAAGAGAACUAGCUGUUCUCUUCUUCAAGUUUCACCCCACUACACGAAAAAAUUUCGUUAACGGCUCCGAACUGCCCAUUUCGUGCCUUAAAAGGCAAAGAAAAUAUUUCGAAGGAACAUGCAAGC